AUGGCGUCCCCCACUAAGCUGGAAGAGGUGAUGCACCUAGAUCAGCUGAAGGACCGCACCCCCAAUGAAAUAGAGCAGAUCUGGCUCGAGUUCCACCAGGACCCAAAUCAGCGGCGGGUCGCUGAUGUCAUGACAGCUGAUGAGUACAAGCAGCUCCAGGCACGCGCGCGCUCGAGCCCGAUGUUUGUUCUGCCACUGUCCAAGCCUGGAGGCUUCCUGUCGCUGCUGCUCAACUACCAGUGCCCCCUGGCCCUGCUGACCUCGGUCGAGGAGUACCGGCGGUUUGGCGCAGGGGCGCCGCCCCACAUGACCAUCACUCACUAUACAGAGCUGGCCGAGUCCAAGGGCCUGGUGCUGACGCGCGGUGACAUCAUCAACGACGCGGUGGUCAGCCUGUCUGAGGCGCGGACGCUGCUGCAGCUCGCGCGGGCCUUCUACACAGAGCCAGAGGCGCACCGGCUGGUUUACCAGUUUAAUCACCAGCCAGACAAGUUCAGCUUCGACGCGCUGCUGGCUGAGCUGGGCCACAAGGCGGGCGCCGCGGCCAGCCCCAGCGGCAGCGGCGGCGGCAGCGGCAGUAGCGGCGGCAGCAGAGGCGGCAGCAGCAGCGGCAAGGCGGACGCUUGA